AUGAUCCACGAAUAGUACAGAUUCUUUGGCAAAGAAUUGGUUAAUUCUUCAGGUGAAUUCUAAAAGGAAAACACAGACAGAAAUAAACCAAAACAUCUUACUGUCUUACCAAGAUAUUUGAAACUAAAUUUAUGGUAAGAAGAAAGGGAAAACAAAAUGGAAGUUGAAAGUUAAACUCAUUAAUUAUGUUCCUUUGAUUAAUAAAUGAUGAAAGAUCCUUAAUUUACUUCAAUAUAUAGUUAAGAGAUAUUUUCUUAUUUGUUAACUUAAGAAGAAAAAUAUUUAGUUAGUAAUAAUUAUAUGAAUGAACAAUAAUAACCUGAUUUGAAUGCAAGAAUGAGAGCAAUUUUAUUAGAUUGGUUAAUUGAUGUUCAUCUUAAAUUUAAAUUAAGAGAUGAAACUUUAUAUGUGACAACAUAUUUAAUAGACAGAUUUCUAAAUUUUAGAACUACAACCAGAUAAUAACUUUAAUUAGUAGGAGUAGCCUCAUUAUUUAUAGCUUGUAAAUAUGAGGAGAUAUAUCCACCAGAUUUGAAAGAUUUUGUGUAUAUAACAGAUAAUGCUUAUACAAAAUAAGAUGUUCUUGAUAUGGAAGGUUAAAUAUUAUAGACAUUAGGCUUUUCUAUAACAUAACCAUCAAGUUAUUGUUUUCUUUAAAGAUUUGGAAGAAUAGCAGGAUUAGAUACAAAGAAUUUAUAUUUAGCUUAGUAUCUUUUAGAGCUUUCUAUUAUGGAUAUAAAAUUUAUGAAUUAUAAGCCAUCAUUUCUUUCUUCUGCAGCAAUCUAUUUAGUCCAUAAAAUAAGGUAUUAAAUGUUUCUAUAUAAUUUUUAGAAAAGCUCCUCAAUCUUGGAAUGAAGAAAUGUAAAAAAUGACUGGGUAUAAUGAGUAAGAACUUAGAUAUUGUGCUAAAGAAAUGUGUCUUGUUUUACAAUCAUCAGACAAAUCUAAUCUUUAAGCUGUUAGAAAAAAGUUUGCUUUACCUAAAUAUUCAGAAGUUUCACGUAUUAGAGUCGAAAGGUAAACUAAAUAAUAAAAAUGA